UAUGUGGACUUUUACGGUGAACCCGGUCCUACUCUUGACUUCAGUAAUGGUGGCAAACAAGGCUAUGUUAUAUACAAACAAACACACAUGGGACUAAUUACCCUUUUGUCACCGCUCUUAUUCUUUGCACCUGAUAUACAUUGUGCUACCCUUUACGAAGUCUGGAGCGAUGGUAUCUCUAAAAUGGAAUGGAACUCUACAGAUAAUAUAAAACAUCUACAGGCUACUGUAUUGCUCAAUGCCAACAUCGCAUUCCUGGCCAUUCAGAGCAUUGACGAAUCUAGUGUUUAUAAGGGAUGUUCACCCGCUCAAAUAGCGAGCUAUGUGUCAACGAUUAUGAGCAUUGGCAGUGUAACUAUGGGCUUGCUUUUACUGCAGAAGAAUUGUCACAAAUCUCGUGAUUACAACCGCACCUCAGUAAGCUAUGUCUUCUAUCACUUGAGACUUGGCCUAGAGACCCUGGCUAUAAUGUACAGCUUACCUUGGGCAUGA